AUGGAGUGUCUCGGUAGUCCUAUUGAUCAUCGACUGCGACAACUAAUUCGGAAAGAUCAGCCCAUCAAUACAGAUGAGGACUCUGAGCACGUCCGGAUACUCCAGAGAUUUGGAAAAGACCUUAAAAUUGGGCAGAGAGACUAUCUUUCUACAUAUGACCUUAGCUUCGGGCUCGAAUUGGCGCGGCCGGAAUCAAAGGCCAGUGUGGUGGUUGUCUUGUUACAACCACACUCGACACAGGAUAAUUCAAAUGGUUUCUUAGCAGGAAGAGACGCAUGCUCAACUAUCAAGGCAGUGUCUGACUUGAUUUCUGCUGUGACCAAUUCCAAGUUAGGCCUAGAUGACAUCAGCAAUUUCGAAGGUCCAGAAGGCGACAACAUCAUUGGACAGGCACAGAGUGUGUUCGCCGACAUGAUUAGAGCGAAACAGCCAAAUGUUGUCAUAUCAUGCUUUAGGAUAAUGCCCAGCAACUCGAUUGUUCGAAACCUACGUUGCCGUCGGUUAGGAUACAGCUUUGACUUUGAUCCGCAGGGGUCAAAGCAGCUAGCUGAAUCAGACUUGUCGCUCAUUCGCGUCAAUGCAUUCCACCCAAGCUACGCAAUCAAUUAUCAUCCAGAAUUCAGUUGUUUUAAGCGGUUAUUUGUCUUGGAAUUUACAAAGGCAUUUGCCCUUUGGCGAAACGACUGGGCCGAUGUGGAGUGGAUGAGACUCUUAAGAUAUGAAUGCAUUGAGCAGGAAUCGGAGAUCUCGAAAGAGCGAUGGACAACUCUCCUGGAGAAUCUUGAAACAGGUUUCGAGAAAUUUUUCUUUUCUGUGUCUGGUUUCAGCUUGGUUGAGAAUACCUGGUACCGACUUGUUGAUUCCAAGAUCACUUGGGUCUGUUGUGAUAUCGCAUUGGUCUUGGAGCAACUUUCCCCUAGAACUUAUGACCCAAAUUUGUCAUUGCAGCUGUUCCGUCAUUUCGAAAAUUGGUGUCGCAAAGCAUGUCCUAGAACGAAACUUCAACACAGUUUAAGCGGUUCCAAUGGCUACUAUGAUCAUUCAGAGCUCUUGCUCUUGAGAUCACAGCACCAAACAGCACGCACAAACAAACUUGAGAACAGACUCUAUACCUUCCUGCGUGACUUGAAUCUAUUUGCUGCGGCUUUCGAAAACAUUCUAGAAGAAGCCCCAGAGGAAACUCCACACAAAGGGCAUGACCUCGCAGAAGAAAUGGCUCCUAUGAGUUUAAACCAGUGA